CUCUCUCAAAAACACAAAACUCUCAAAGUCCUCCUCCUUCUCGAUUCUUCAAUUCAAAAAAAUUUCCAAUCUUUCUCCAAACCCUAAUUCUCUGUAUCUUUCUCUGAUCAGAAAUCGGAUCUAGGUCUUUUCUUAUUUUUUAAGAGAAUUUUUAAGAGAUUAUGAGGAAGAGAGAGAGAGAGAACCCUUGUUCGAUUUGUGGGCAUUACCAUAAGUACGAGGAAGGUGAAGUUUGUGGUAUAUGUGGUCACUGUAUGCCUGUUUCUUCCGACACAGCUUCGGUUCCUCAACAAGCUGUCCACAUCAGUGCUUUUGCCUCUGAGAUCCUCCCCGAGUUUCUUUACCUCGGUAGCUACGACAACGCUUCUCGCUCUGAGCUUCUCAAGACUCAAGGGAUCUCUCGUGUUCUUAAUACGGUACCUACGUGCCAGAAUCUAUACAGGAACUCAUUCACUUAUCAGGGUCUUGAUAAUGAAAAAGUUUUACAGUUUGAUGAUGCUAUCAAUUUCUUAGAUCAAUGUGAGAAGGACAAGGCACGUGUUCUUGUGCACUGUAUGUCUGGGAAAAGUAGAUCACCAGCGUUUGUUAUAGCGUACUUGAUGAAACGUAAAGGGUGGAGACUUGCUGAGAGUCAUCAGUGGGUUAAACAAAGGAGACCCACCACUGACAUAAGUCCAGAGUUCUACCAACAACUGCAGGAGUUUGAGCAGUCGAUUUUCGGAUCAGGGAUGAUGUCGGCAAUGAAUAUUAACGAUGCUCCAACAUUCGGGUUUGGUUUCCCUAAGAUUGAUAAUCAAGCACAAGCACCUGUGUUCAAUAGCGCUCCUGCUUCUUCGAUAUUUUCAUCACCUGCAUCAAGUAUCCCUCCUCAGGAUUUCACUUUUGGAGCAACUCCACCAAAGCCAACAACAGGCGGUGAUAUUACCAUGGAUGGCUCUUAGAACCAAAUCAUCAAUACUCUGCAAAAAUAUUCACCAACAAACAUAAUGUUGUCAGAAUGUUUCUUUUUCUUUUUUCUUUUUCUUUUUUGUACAUGGAGAUUGGUGCAUUGCUUGAGAGAGUUUGGAGUUUGAGAGAUACAUGAGAUGAAUCUUUGAUCUUUGUUGCUUUGGUGUUUUGCAUCUUA